AUGUCGCACCGCCCGCCGCUCCGGGCGCUGUCCAUGCAGGCCUCCUCCGCCGGCGCGGGCGCAGGGGGAGCCGGGCCGGCGUCGCCUGAGUAUGCCUCCGCGCGGUCGAGCGUGCAGCUGAGCGCCGACCUGAGCAACGACCUUGCCUUUCUCGAAUCUCUCAGGGCCAGUGUACGCGCCAAUCUGAUGCUGCGACCUCUGGAGGGCGGGAGGCCGUUGAGCUUUGCGAGCGAGAGCACGACGAGUCCGACGGAUUCCAUGUACUUUACGCCGACCAGUGCGACCUUUUCAACGUACUCGCACGCUUCGGAUACGGACAGGGAGGAUGAUGGAGAGGAGGAGUCGGAGAGGGAGGUGGAGAAGGAAAAGGUGGAGGAAUACAAGCCGUUCAUGUUGAGCGCGGAGAGCAUCGCGCGCAGGCUGUCCGCGCCUCUGCGCCCGCUGCUGCUCGACGUCCGGCCAUCAGCAGACUUUGAAGAGCAACACAUCCGCGGAUCCAUAUCCCUGCCCAUCCCGCCUAUACCGCGCUUAAACUCUCUGGGUGCCUUGCGCGCGCAUAUCUCGUCGUCUGAGGGCAAAGCGUUUUGGGACGAGGCGAUGCAGAGCGCCUGGUGGGACGGCGACCUCGUGCUCGUCUCCAAACAGGGCGAGAUGGACGCCAACCUCUCCCGAUUAAUCCAACUUCUCGCGCCCCUGCUCGACCGCGGCACGCCCGAUCCCCUCGCCGGCGGCUUCGCAGCCGCACUCGAACACCCAAUGAUGGCAGAGCAUCUCGUAUCGCCAUCUGCACAACAGGGUCUGCUCACGAGCGAACCAGACGAGAUAUCUAUACCCGGCGCUUGGACAAGUCCAGUCGCUACUACAAACGCACGCGGACUAUCCAUCAAUCCUCCUCUUCCCUCCCAAUCACCCGAUGACGCCCAUCCGACAGAAACAGAAGGCGCCGAUCCCCGCUUCCCGCCUCGUACGCCCCGCCCUGCACCUCAAACGGCUUCCGGCCCGGCCCUGCCGCCGCCCGUCCUCGGUCUUCCACCUCGAACACCGAAGAGUGCUCAGCAACGGUCUGCUUCUGGCUCUUCGCCUGCUGCACCGCCUAUACCGCGGCAGAACUCUCAGACCACACCGAGGUCAUCGUUGCCUUCUCUCCCUUCGCUCCCUCCACCCGUAAGCGAGCUGCCGCCUGUACCAGCCACAGCUGCCCCCGCCCUCGGUCGAAAGAAGCCCGCUGCAUUGGCACCGUCUGCACCGUCUACGUCUUCUCAAGAUACCGCUCAAGGAGAGAGAGACCGUACCGCAGGACUCGGCCAGGAAUUGACAGUACCCGCAUCCAUCGGACCCGGACCUCGCUCAGCACGCACACCCAAGUUCCGCGGCGCAACGCUUCCUCUACUCAAUACCUCCGCUAAACCGAAGAACCUGCCCGAGAUCGAGCGUUCGGCCGCUGCAUCUGCCGUCGCACAACAUCCUUGGGACGGUCCAAAUGCCAAUGCGAACGGGAAUGGGAAUAAGGACAGCGAAGGGGACAGCGAGCUAUCGUAUCUACGCGACGAACACGGACACGGACCUCUACCCUCCAUCAACGCGCCCACGCCACUAUCAAACAGCCCUCCGCCCCUGCACACGUCCCUCUUCGCGGACAACACCAACAAAACGCCCUCCGCCACGACCUCAUCACACAGUACACCGGCCGCAACGCCCGCGCCUGUACUCGGUAAACCCACUCUCCGCAGACUCGACACCCGCUCGGCUGAGCGGUUGCCGAAGUUGUCGUUGAAGACGGCGCUGGGGCCGAUGCCUGGACGCGGACCGCUGAAGAGCGCGACGCUCGCUGCGCCGCCUAGUACGGCGGGCGGAUUGGGAGGGAGUAGGGCUUGGGGGAGCUGGUCGCAAGGAUCGGCGCACCCCGGUGGGCCGUCCGAUACGACUGCAGGAUCAUUCGGUGCGCGCAGAGACGCGAGCGCCGAGAGCAGUGGCGAGGAAGGGAACGGGAAUGGGCACGGAGGGCAGUGGCUUGAUAGACCUGCACGACCAUGGGCACGCACAUCGCCCAGCCCGAGCCCGCCACCGCUUAAACUGACACAUUCGUUCCACCGAUCGAAAUCGCCGCGCACGAAUACGUCUCUCCUACCGCCCGAAGGACACCGUUCUGGUCCAUCAUCGCGGAGAGGAUCAGACGACGACGGGCCGCCGCCUACGCCCAGCGCGUUUGGGUUCGGGUUUGGGUCGGGUGGAUUUGGCGCGGCAGGAGCGGGACAGGCGUACGAGCGACCGCCGAGCGCAGCGUCGAGCUCGAGCGGGACGGAGAGCGAGGGCGGGAUGUCGAGUUCGUCGACAACAUCGCCCGAAGAGCACUGGCCCUCCGAACCGCCCAAAUUCGGCUGGCCGUCAGAAGCGCAGCGCAGCGGGUGGCCCUCAUCGUCCGAUUCGGGUUGGCCAGGCGGCGGGAGUAUGGAGUAUGGCGAUGAGGCGCGGACGCCGACGAGCGCGGUGCAUAUGACGCAUGGGGGUGGGGGAGGGAGCGAUAGUGAUGGGGAGUGCGAGAGCGCCGAGGGCGAGGCGCCGAGGUUUGUGCUGAGCAUGAUUUUGCCGGGGUUUUUGUUUUUGGGGCCCGAGCCGACCGAGGAGGCGCAUGUGGAGGAGAUGCAGGCUGCGGGGAUUACAAGGAUCUUGAACCUCGCGACCGAGUGCGGCGCGGACGACUGGGGGUUGAAGUUGGGAGAGAGGUUCCAGUACCGCAAGAUCGGGAUGAGGGAUACGGUCGAGGAGGACGGUGUUACGGGUGGUGUGCGUGAGGCGUGCGAGGUUCUAGAUGACGCGGCGCUGCACAGUGCGCCGACGUACGUACACUGUAAAGCGGGCAAGAGCCGCAGUGUCACGGCCGUCAUCGCGUACCUUAUCCAUGCGAAUGCGUGGACACUGAGUAGAGCGUACCAGUUCGUCCUCGAACGCCGCAAGGGCAUCUCACCCAACAUCGGCUUCGUCUCCGAACUCAUGAACUUCGAAGAAUCAGAACUAGGCGGCAAAUCCGUCGGCGUGAUCAAAGACGCCGCCACGCCCUCUGACUCUUCCUCCUCCUCCAACGCCAAUCACUCACAGGGACAAAAGUCGUUGGUCGGAGCGCGGAGGCCGGCGCAUAUAAGAGAGUCUUUGCCGCCGGCGUUCACGCUUAGCGCGGAUGCGUUUGAGUUGGGCGAGGUGGAUGCGUUGGGGGCGGGCGCGGAGACUGAGAUUCGUGAUGCGAAUGGGCGGUAUAGGUUCGCGAGGCGCGCGCCGGUCGAUGCGCAUACGCUGCAGCCUAGUCGGCGCGUUAGCAAAGCCGGGCUCGAGAGCGGCGGGUGGGAGGUCGAGUGA